UUUGAUCGUAUACAGUACACGGUGGGGGUGUGGAUUUUUGUUUGCAGAUUCAAAACAAAAAAAGAAACAAAAUACCAUUAGAAACGAUACAAAUAAUUUCGGAUAGUGACGCGUCGAAACAAUACUAUUACAUCGAUGUAACUGAACAUUGGACAGCGGCACUAACCCGAGCACAUUCUACAACAAACACGGAUAGAUGAAUACAAUAUAUAAUUCUUUAAAAAAUUUUUUUCUCAACAAUUUUUUUUAUACAUUCAUACAUAAUAAAAUAUUUUAUACGAAACGAAGCUUUAUGUUAGAUAGAUACCUAUGUAUAUUAUUAUACAUAAAUAUAUAUAUAAUAUAAUAAUGUGCAACCCAACUUUAUUGCUACCCCUGCAGGUUUUCAUCGCUAUAUAAUAUUAAACUAAUAUACAAUAUUAUAUAAUAGCUGCAUAUUAGUCCUUAAAGUUAUAGCUAAUUUAUGAAAUUAUACAAUAUAAUAAAUACAUUUUUAACUUAAUAAAUAAUAUAUAAGGGCUAUUUAGACUUGUUAACUUUUUAAAUUGUAAGUUAUUUUAUUUGUUUUGUUUACAUAUUAUAUAUAAAUGUCAUACUCAUUUAGUGAAAAGUAUCCACAGCGUGAAUAAAACAUUAUUUUACACUUCAUGAAUGAUUAUUUGUCAACUUUAUGAAACGGACAUCAGUUUUUUUUACACUCUAAAAUUGUAAUUUAAUUUAAAUUAAAAAAAAAAAAAAAACUAUGAUUGUCAAUGCAUAUAAUGUCACAAUAUAAUUUAAACGGUUAAAAUACAUAUGAAUAAUUUAAUUUACUUUACAGAUCUUAUUUUCAGUAGGUAUAUUAUAUACUCCAAAAUAGUAAUGUAUAAUAGGUUUUCAUAAUUAGACGUUCAGAUUGUGAACAUUUUUUAUGAUGUUUAUAAAAUAAACUAAUAAUUUUAUGAAAACUUUUCCAUAGAUUAGUCUAUAUAAAUAAAUUUUAUUUCGUAACAAUACUCGUAUAUAUAUAAUUGCAGAUCAUUCAUGCCAUGUAGAAAAAUGUAUUAUUCACAGUUUGUAUAGGUACGAAAAAUAUAUCCACUUUAAUAAAAUAACGAUUUUACGAAAUGGGUGUGACAUAUAUAUUUGUAUUAUAUAUAUUUAUGUGAUUGAUUUUCAUUAAGGCUAAAGGUUGUGAUGUUUGUUAUGUUCCAUAUGUAUUACUUUUAUUUUGUAUAAGUAACACUUAAUCGUGUGUAUAUUUUUUUUAUGUUUUAUUUAUUUAUUAUUUAUUUUUUGUUUAACCAAAAAUAAUGACCGUCCAUUUACUUAAUGUUAUAACUAUUUAUUCGAUAAAAUUAGAUAUGCUUAUAACGAUAUUACCAAAAAUAUUAUGCGUUUCAAUGGGUUAAAAAAUUAUAUAUAUAUAUAUAUAUUAUAUAUUAUAUAUAUAUGUAGAUAAUUUUGGUUCCUUGUAGCAAUAAUAAGAUAAAAUAAUUGUAGUUGUUAAUUUUUAUCCAAUAAUUUAUGUAUAGAACACAAAAAAAAAUAUUAUGGUAAAAUUGCUUUAAAAGAAAUCAACAUUGUAUUGGAACACCAUAUGUUAAAAAAACUGUUUUCUUUUCCCUUCCAUACUCGUUUCAUAUUGUUAUUCCUCAUGACGCAUUUACAUUAAAUGAAUAUAACAACGUGUGCGUUAUCUACGUCAAGUAGGUAUAUGAUAUUAGUUAUACACCAAAGUUAGAGUUGUACUUUUUUCACCGCGUCGGCCACAUAAUACACGAGUCGAUAUGUCUUAAUAUAUUAAAAAGUCACUAAUUAUAUUAUACAAAAAAAAAAAAAAUAUUAUAACAUUUCGUUCGAGUAUAUUACAUAUAUAUACUUAAUAUAUAGUAGCUAUAGAACAUAAUGAGUAAGCAUCUUUGGUGGAUUUUAAUCUGGACAGUACUGCAGGUGACGACAAUUGGCGGAAAAGAGUCACCAGAUUUCGAAUUUGGACAUCACUAUGUGGGUUUGACGGUAAUGCCGGACAUAGAGCAACAAGGGGGUAAGCGCGUGGCAGUGUCGUGGCAAGUGCUGUCGGCAAACCCAAACGACUGGGUCGGAGUAUUUGGCGCGGACCCAGCGCAUAGCCAUUUUUGGACCGCCACCGAGAUGGCGCUCCGUAAGUAUCCGGUGAACGCCACUUCUGGCUGGUUGGAGACCGAUCUGACAGUGUGCACGAAGACCAUACAGCUGCUUUGCCAUGACGGUCAGUUUGAAAGCCAGUGUUUCGAGUAUUGGGUGGCAUACGUCAGUGGCGAGACCGACACACUAUUAGCAACAAACUGUCUUAAAACUCAACCUAAUUGGAUGGACAAUUUGGCAGACGACGUCAAAUCUUUAAGAUUAGAUUCCCUGUUUUUGCCAGGUACGCAUGAUUCAGGAGCAUAUGAUACUACGCAAAAUUGUCCAAUUUAUUUUGAAAAGUAUGUCUAUACUCAAGACGUUGAUAUUUUGAGUCAAUUGUGCCACGGAGCCCGUUACUUGGAUUUAAGAGUAGGUUUUGAUUGUCAGUCUGAUCAUUUAUGGUGGCUACAUCACGAAAUUUAUCCAGUAAGACCUUUAUCACACGUUCUUGAGGAUAUAAAAACAUUUGUAGAAGCAACAAAUGAAAUCGUAAUUGUCGAAUUUCAUAAAUUUCAAACGGGCUUUUCGAAAAAUCCGUCAGAGCAUCUUAAAUUAUAUCAAUUUGUAACACUUUACUUGGGUAAGCAUAUGGCUAAAAUGGGUUGGAAUAAAUCACUCAAAGAUUUACAAGCUGAAGGACAUAGAGUAAUCGUAACUUACAACUACCUGCCAAUAACACUAUAUGCCAAUGAUAAAAACCUUUGGACACCUGUUCCUCGAUAUUGGCCAAAUGCUCAAAAAUUAACAACGUUUGAAGACUACGUACGUUUCUAUAUAAAUAAAAUACAAAACGAAAGCGGUGUAACAGUCUUGAUGGCUGAGUUAACUCCUACUCCAUUGGACGUUAUUUUCAAUAGAGGUUAUGGUUUACGACACAUGAGUUCGAUAAUUAAUGAAUCUCUGUUCAAGUGGUUUUCAAUGCCAGAGUGGGGAGAACAUUUCAACAUCGUCGCUGUAGAUUUUCUACAAAGUACCAAUAUCAUCGAUGCAGCGAUCCAUUGGAAUAAGAAAAAAAUCAUUCCGUCCAAUAAGUGAUAAUAACCUCAUAAACAAUAUUUAAAAAUCAAAACCAGUGUCAUACCCAUUGCGCAUAUACAUAAUAAUUUAACUUAUGAUUACAAUUAAAACUAAUUAUCAUUUAUCUAUACCUACAAAAAUAAUCAUGUAAAAUAAAUCGGUAUAACAUAAUUGUAUGAAUUAUAAAAUAAACAAUAGAAUUUUGAAGGUUGGAUUAAUGAAAAAUAAAAUAAAAAUAAUUAUAAGUGUUUAGAUUUUAGUGAAAUAAUUUAACUAUAUCUAUAAUAGUCAUAUGAUGUCAUAAGCCAUUGUAUACAAAUAAACUAAGUACAAUAAAAUUCUCACAUAUUUA